CCAAAACAUUCAUAGCACGUUUAUCAUUGUUUACAAAAGGUAGCUGAUGUGCCUUUGCCAUUUGACAAGAAGAACAUAUGAACGGGUUAGCUAAAAUGGAGGAAACCAACAACUGGCCUGUUUAUUUAAAAGUGAAAUAGUGUCAUAAGAGACAUGCCCUAAACGAGCAUGCCAUAAAUCAAAAGAAGCUUUCAACGCAGCUUUGGUGGAUGCAAAAAGGGCAUGAGAACCAGUGGAAAGCACAUAAAGACCUUGACUACAUUGCCCCUGAGCUAGAACCCGUUUCGUCUUUCGAUCCUGAAUGUAAAAAAAACCUUUCCGUUUCCGGGGAAAGGAGCCGGAUUUGUAACGGAUGCAGUAGUGGAGGACAUAUGAUCGGUUGCACCCGAAUCGACAUACCAAUCCGGACCAGAUGAAGUCACGUGGCAGUGGGCAUGAAAGGCCCGAGCAAGAUCAGUGUCCGAUCCAGGGGAAGGAGAACCCGGAGUGAACGAAGCAUACCGGACAAGUUGCGGACACGCAUUGGCAAAAUGGCCAUUUGUGCGACAAAGCUGGCAGUGCGGAGGACGACGCCCACGACCUCGACCCCCACGAAAAUUCCAACCACCGCGACCCCGAUUUGGUUGAGAUUCGGUCGAAUGAGUAGUGAACGCCACUGGAGGAGUGACAGACCCAUGGAUGGAUUGCAUAAAUAAUUCGUGACCCUCGGCCUGAGCAAGAAGGUCGCGAAACAUCACAGUAGAGCGAGAUGCUCGAAUGGCGGUGGAGAAUGUCUCAAACGGAGCACCGAGACCACACAAAAACCAAUGGACUUUAUCAGAAUCGGCAACAGGGUGUCCAAUGGCCGACAAUUGGUCACAAAUAGUGCGAAAUUUUCGCCCAAAAUCGGAGACAGAGGAAGAGCCUUUUGAUACCUGGCGGAGUUGAUCUCGAAGGUUUUGAACUCUUUCGACGGAGGAGCUGCUAUAAGCGGCUUCUAGGGCAUCCUAGAUUUCCUUAGCGGUAGAGAGACCAACAAUUUCUGAAAAAGCCUCUUCAGAGAGAGAAGCUUGAAGAAGUAUCACUGCCCUUUGAUCGGCAGAUUCCCACUCUGUUAAUUCAGGAUUUGGAACAGAGGUCCCUUCCUUGACAAUCGUGGAAGGCGGUUUAGCGGAGGAGCCAUCAACGAGAGGCAGGAGAUUCUGAUGUUAGAGAAGUGGCAGAAAUUGAGGUAAUUGGAGGAGGUAAGCCGAUUGGAGAUUAGGUGGAGAAUAGUGUUCAUUGAGAGGAGAGAAUCAGAAGAAGAUGAUCCGGCCAUGGAGGAGGAGAAGAGUUUUUAGAGAGAAAAGGGAGAGGAUCGGAUUAGGCGCUCUGAUACCAAGAGAGAAAACUCUCGAAUGCCAAAAGAGGCAGAGAGAAAACCCAUAAAUAGAAUGACAUGUUACACAUAGAACCCUAUACAAAGAAACUAUGACAAAAAUAAACAUUAAGUACAAGUGUUACGACUAAUAUAUACAUAAUGAUACAUAUAUACAUAUACCUUAUACAUGUAUAUCUACUUUUGUUUGUGUGAUAAGGUUUGUGUAUUUGCAGGGGGAAGAAGUAAGCAGUAUUAUGGUGAAUGUGAAGGAAUCAUCUCAACAUGUAGAAAUAAACCUGUCUGAACUAAAAGGAUUUGAGAAGCAUGUCAUCGUUGAACUCAUCAAAGAGACAAAUAACUUAACCAACAAAACGGGGCUACGAUGCAGCAAUGAUAACUGUAGAGCCAUCAUUCUGCAUGAAGCAGACAAGCUGUCAACUGAUGCAUUGCUGUAUAUUAGAUGGGUUAUAGAGCGGUAUAGAGGAUGUCAUAAAAUCUUCUUUUGUUGUCAAGAUGCUUCAAAGCUUCAACCCCUUAAAAACAUUUGCAAAUUGGUCCAACUCCUUCCACCUUCUAAUAAAGAGAUUGUUCAAGUCCUGGAGUUCAUAGCAAAAAAUGAAAAUAUAGAAUUGCCAAAUAAAUUGGCUGAAAGAAUAGCCGUUAGUUCCAAGAAUAACUUGCGACAAGCUAUUCGCUCCUUUGAAGCUACCUCACAAAAUAACUCACUUUUGGAGGAAGAUCAAGUAAUAUUGACUGGGUGGGAAGAUGAUAUCGCAAAUAUUGCCAAAAGUAUAGUAGAAAAGCAAAGCCCCAAACAGCUAUAUGACAUUCGUCGAAAACUUCAAAAUCUCAUAGAUCAUAGUGUGCCACCUGAGUUCAUCUUUGAAACUCUAGCAGUUGAACUGAAGAAGAAUGUUGAGGAGUCGAUGCAUAAGCAGAUCGAUAAGACAUAUAAGGAAUAUAGCGGAGCUGAUAAACAUAGACAUGCAAAUGAUGAAAGGAAAAAGCUUAUCCAUCAAUUCAUGAGUAUCGAAGAAUUCAUAGCAAAAUUCAUGAGCUGCUACAAAAAUCAUCUGGCUAAGAAGGCAAUAGACAUGACUGAAAUAAAAGAAGAGACAACAUGAAUAUAAGAUCCAACUGCAAUAAAAAAAAAAGUAGAACACAACUUACAUGUUGUGCUAUAACUAAUAUACAGAAUAAAAUGGCAACUGAGAAUGCCACACUGUUACUUGGUGGGCAAAAUCCUUGCAUAGCUGCAACUAAAUCAUCUGUAUUUGCCAUACAAGAAUACAUAUAUAUUUUCAUAUUGUUUUAUUAUUCAAGAAAAUCAAUAAAAGAAGGUUCUCAUGUAAUGUAAAUCUUGUACUAUGUUAC